GAUCAACAUCGCAAUGCAUCAUUCGGAUUAACUACAUAGGACUUUUGUUGCAUCUGAAUCGAAAUCGACAAGCAGCGAAAGCAAUUAGAGAAGUGCCGGAGUGCGUAAGAGUAGCAGCAGACUGAUGAAACUUUACGUCCGAUUCACGGUGCCAACAAACUUUGCUUGCUGCUUUCCUCCUGGACCGCGUCACAGUAGGCCCAGACGACGCCUUCCCCAUCGUGGAAAUCAACUCCGUCCUUCUCAAAUCGCUCGCUCCACCAGAUGAACACGUCCUUCAACAGCGUAUCGGCAUCUGCAUCAACCAUAAAUCCGAUCGUCUUGACUGUCUCCAGUCCGGGAAACGCCGCGCGCGUGAACGAGCGAAGGUGGUUCUGCGUCUCGUUCGGGCCUUUCGAUGGGUAGAGAGAAUCUCCGCGGACCGAAUAGAUCGCGAUGCGGCGGAGCGCAGUGUGCAGAUGCGGCUCGGACACGGGCGACGAUGGAUCGAAGACCAGCACGGACGAGUGGAUUCCGAACGUCAGUGUGUCGAGCAGAGGGCACGUGUUGGGCGUGAGGAAGACUGCCGGUGGGAUGAGGAAGGUUGAUGAACGCAUGUGCGCAUGGGCUUCGCUCUCCGAGUUGGGCACGGGGAGAUGGACGGUGGUCAGCCUUGCGCCGUGCGCAUCUAGCAGAGAUUCCACCACUGGGCAGUCGUAACGCGUGGCACAAUGUAGAGUCAGAGUGCACAGUGAAGGCAGCAGCAGCAUCGUAGCAGUCUUAACAUUCGACGGAUCAUUGGAGAGAAUGAGAUGCGUGAGGGAUGGGAUCUCCGUCCUCUCAGCAGAGGACUGGCUCUGAUCGGCGGAGAACUGGCGCAAAUCAAGGACACGAAGCACACUGAACGAACCAAGAAACUCAAUCGGUGUCCGCGCCUGCAUCUCGUUCCAACACAGCAUCUGCAAGCUCGGCCCGUACAGCGCCCGCACAGCAGCAACAAACUCGACCGGGACCGCCGUCCUCGUCCACGUCGCGUUCAGCACGCGGGUCCGACGGCAGUACUGAAAUAUGCGGAAGAGAUUCUGCAGCGCGUCCAGUACCCCGGUUCCUCCAGUGAGCUGCGAAGCGUCUGGAGCAGCAUCGCCGCACGCGCCGGGCUCCUGAUAUCGAGGUGCUGGUAGAGAAGCUGCAUCGCCACGCGCCGCCACGCCCGGCAGACGAGCACGAGCGCGCACUUGGUGCGCAUCGCCGCGAUGGGCGCGUUGCUCCCCGCGACGUCGUGAGGCAGCUUGGCGAUGAAGGGAUCCAGGGGCUCGAACGUCGUGGACGAGUAGACGUACGUCGCCCAUUGGAAUAUCUCCAGCCAGAUCUCCGGUGGAAGCGUCGGCGGACGCCGCAGGGGUUGCAGGGGGAACGUGGCCGACCACACGCUAGGAGGGUCACCGUCAUCAUCAUCGUCAGGGUCACAAGCAGUGAUGAGUAUACCAGGUGAAUGGGAACAGAGUUCCGGGCAGACGACUCAUGACGCGAAGCAUGUUCAGUGGUUAGUUGGUGGCAGUAGCGCAAUGACUCUAAGAGCACACAAG